AUGUCUUGGCUCCCGUGGUUAGUUGCAAAAGAGGGUGACUGUCCCACACCUAAAGGCUUUGGAAUUUGCGUGGAUAUGUGCACAAGCGACUAUAGCUGCACAGGAUCUUUGAAAUGUUGUUCGAAUGGCUGUGGACAUGUCUGCAUGGAGGCUCUUAUUGAACAAGACAUCAUUUUUGCUAGUACACCUACAACAAUUGCAAAUAAACGAUAUAUAAACGAUAAUGCAAAAAAUAACGCCGUGGCUUUAGACUAUGACUUCAAGGAGAUGCAGAUAUACUGGUCUGACGUGUCUCUGGAUCAGAUCUACCGCACUAAUAUAGAUGGCACUGGUGUACCAGAAGUUCUCAUCACUGAGGCUAGCAUACCAGAUGGAAUCUCUAUUGACUGGGUCUACCGUAACAUUUACUGGACUGAUACGGGAACCAAUGCCAUUGAAGUCGCAAGCCUUGAAAAUCCAAGCAAACGUACCAUUCUCAUUUCUGAUAAUUUAGAUGAGCCAAGAGCUAUUACUAUAGAGCCAAGACUUGGUUACAUGUUCUGGACUGAUUGGGGUCAGGCAGCUAAGAUUGAACGCGCAGGAAUGAAUGGAGAGGCAAGAGUGACCCUCGUUGACACUGACAUCAGCUGGCCAAAUGGUCUGACCACUGACCUUGUUAGUGACCUUCUCUUCUGGGUCGAUGGCCAGAGACACAGCCUAAGUAGCAUUGACUACAACGGUCAGAGUAGACGCACCAUCCUCCAAUCAGAUUCAAUUUUGCCUCAUCCUUUCGCUAUCACUGUAUUCGAAGAUUAUGUCUACUGGACAGAUUGGCAGAAAAGGGCUAUCAUUAAAGCCAACAAAUCCAAUGGAAGCCAUACUAUUUUGGUUGGAAAUCUCAAUCGUCCCACUGGCAUCCAAAUAUAUCACCCUCAAAAACAAAUCAAUGGAAUUAUCAACCAUUGUGGAGGAAAUAACGGUAGAUGUUCUUACCUGUGCGUAGCUGCCCCUCAAAGGGGUGAUAACUCUGAUAAAUUUUCCUGUCUCUGUCCCACAAACUCGUUCUUAAUGCAAGAUGGGCGUACAUGUGAGGUUUUGACAACAAGGAAUCCACUGACUCCAAUUCCUAUAACAAUCAGUCCACCAGACGGCAUGACGACCGAGAUUAAUGAGGAUACCUGUAAUAAAGAUUAUGAAUUCACAUGCGGUGAUGGGAGAUGCAUCUCAAUCUACUGGCGCUGCGAUUUUGAUGAAGACUGUGAUGAUGGGUCCGACGAAAGAGGUUGUUUGACUACUGGCAGGCCUUAUUAUACAACUACAACUACCCCAAUUUGGAGUCAUUGCUAUCCGAACCCAUGUGAGAAUGGUGUCUGCAAAAGUAACUUUUUCACAAAACUUUUCCACGGAGGAUACAAGUGUGAGUGUUACAGUGGAUACUCUGGCAAGCAUUGUGAGGAAGUUUUGAGUCCUUGCCAUCCGAACCCAUGUAAGAAUGGUGUCUGCAUAAGUAACUUUUUCACAAAACUUCUCCGCGGAGGAUACAAGUGUAAGUGUGACAGUGGAUACUCUGGCAAGCAUUGUGAAGAAGGUUGUAAAGGUUACAAAUGUUGGUGGUAAGAGGACGUCAUACUGUGUUAUGUCACCAAAAAGAAAUCAAAAUCUGCUUACUUUUCAAUCGAUUUGCUCACUGCCUGUAACCUGCUUACACUAUUUGAAUUCUGCUUUGAUUUUUUUUGGGAAUUCUGAAUUAAAUUGUAUUAUAGUAACAAUAUACCGUAGUGUAUUAUAGGAAUACUUUAUAGUGUAUUAAAGUAAUACUAUGACAUAUAGCAAUAUUAUACACUGAAUUAUAAUAGUAAUAAUAAUAAUAAAUCUUUAUUCAGCAUUAAAAUGUCACACAAGCAAAGGCAAAAUCUAGAAUAAAAUUUAUUUCAAAUUUUACCUUUGCUUUAAUGAAUAUGAAAAUAGACCAAGUAAAACAAUCACUUAUAACUAAAUUUAAAAACAGCAUAAUGCACAAUUGUAAAAUUGAUAGAAUCACAAAUUCUAUUAUGAAAUCUACCAAAUGAUACUAAGAACAAAUCUCAUAAUCAAUGUCAUUGUAUGCAUGUAAAAUAUAAUCCCAAAUCAUGAAGAAUUCAACACUUUCUGCUAUUGGUUUGAUUAUAUUCUUUUAAUAUUUUACUUCUGUUAUUUGCUAAGAUUAUUGGAGCUAAUUUGCAAUUGAAAUUACACCAAGUGUAGAAAAAGAAUAAAAAAUAUUGUCAAAUAAAAACGUAA